AUGGGGGGGCACAGCAGGGGUGUGAAGCUGGGUUUGGGCUCGGCUGCCCUGGCCACCGCCUGCAGUUCUUUCCACGCCUUCGCGGCGGCGGCGCCGGCGGCUCCUCACGACCGGUACCUGGUGGCCACCGCCGCGCUCUUCGUGGCCGCCAAGGCCCAGGGCACGCCCCGGAGAGCCCGCGACGUCCUCAACGUCAGCCUCAGGUGUCUCCAGCCCGGUGCCCCCCCCCCAGCCCUGGACGGGAAUUUCUGGGGGCUCCGGGACAGCCUCCUGCAGUGUGAGCUGCUGCUGCUGCGGGUGCUGCGCUUCCGGCUGCCCCUCGCCCACCCCCACAAG